AUGGCUUGUAUGGAGACUAUUCGAUUGGGGAUUGCUUUUGCAGCACAAAAAGGGUGGGUUAUUCAUCAAUUAGAUGUAGAGUCUGCUAUUUUACAUGGUGAACGAAUUGAAGAUGUUUUGGUUGAGCAGCCUUGUGGUUACAUUCAAAAGGGAAACCGAAUUGAAGCAUAUUUCAUAAAGGAAGGUUCUAAAAAAUGUGAUUAUGAGCAUACUCUCUUUGUUAAACAAAACAUGGAGGGUAGUAUGCUUAGUGUAAACUUAUAUGUUGAUGAUCUUCUUUUUAUAGGAAAUGAUGAGUUGAUGUUUGCUGAGUUCAAGAACUCAAUGAAGCAUAAGUUUGAUAUGACUGAUCUUGGUAAAAUGAAGUAUUUUCUAGGUCUCGAAAUCUUGCAGAAAUCAUGUAGAAUCUUUAUUAGUCAAAGAAAGUAUGCUCAGGAGAUGUUGCAGCAUUUUGGAAUGAAUCAAAGCAAUUCUAUUCAAACUCCAAUUGUUCCUAGUUUCAAGCUUUGUAAGGAUGAAGGUGGAACUAAGGUAGACAAGACUUACUUCAAACAAAUUGUGGGAUGUCUUAUGUAUCUUACUGCAACUCGUCCAGAUAUGGUGUUUGUGGUAAGUCUCUUGAGCAGAUAUAUGGAGAAUCCUACUCAGCUUCAUUUACAACUACCAAAGAGAGUGUUAAGGUAUUUACAGGAAACAACUGGGUAUGAAAUUUUCUACAAGAAACGAGGAAAUAAUGGACUUAUAGUAUACACUGAUAGUGACUAUGCUGGUGAUUUGGAUGAUAGAAAAAGUACAUCAAGAAAUAUCUUUCUUUUUAGUUGUGGAGUUGUAUCGUGGUCCUCUAAAAAACAACCAAUUGUAAGUUUUUCUACAACUGAGGCUGAAUUCAUUGUUGCGGCAUCAUGUUCUUGUCAAGCAAUUUGGUUAAAAAGAAUGCUCAUAAUACUUGAUCAGACUCAACAAGAGACAAUAACUAUCCAUUAUGACAGUAGUUUUGCAAUCAAGCUCUCAAGAAAUCUAGUAGUUCUGUCAAGCAUAUAG